AUGUUGCAAAGCCUCGCAGCUUAUGAGGCGAAUGAUGGAGGACAUGGACUGCAGUUGCUACAGUUUGCCAGGCCUUCUGAUGAGGUGGAGGCACAGCUGGCAGACUGCUCGCGUCGCUUUGUUGGAGAUGCAAUGCCGUCGGGAGUCGUGCCCACCCACCCAGAACUUGGCGACAGUCCACGCUCGGCAGUCACAGCAGCAAGAGAUGAGUUCCUGGUGGUUGAUGCAGGUUCCUGCCACAUGGUUCUGAUCAAGCCCGAUGUGUCCACAGCCUCUACCAGUCAGAGUUUGCUGCGCAAUGACAUCACGGUUUAUGCAAUGCCUCCACGCACCAGGCCUUUGCUACUGCAUCUUUGCUUGUCUCCCUCUUGCGGGCUUUCGGGGGAUCAACCUCGUGCACGUAGACAGUUGUUGAAAAAUGUCCGACGCCUCCGCAUGGAACGAACUCGAGUAUCCAACGACGCUCGAGAACUUGCCUUGUGA